AUGGGUGCAUCAGGCUUAGGUUCUGCUUUAGCAAAGUGCAUUAAUCUCUCAAAUUUGACACUUGACCUUUAUUACAAUUAAAUUGGUGCAAUGGGUGCAUCAGGCUUAGGUUCUGCUUUAGCAAAGUGCAUUAAUCUCUCAAAUUUGACACUUGAACUUUAUAACAAUUAAAUUGGUGAUGAAGGUGCAUCUGGCUUAGGUUCUGCUUUAGCAAAGUGCAUUAAUCUCUCAAAUUUGACACUUUACCUUAGCUCUUUUUUCUUUUUCUAAAUUGGUGAUGAAGGUGCAUCAGGCUUAGGUUCUGCUUUAGCAAAGUGCAUUAAUCUCUCAAAUUUGACACUUCGCCUUAGUAGAAAUCGAAUUGGUGCAAUGGGUGCAUCAGGCUUAGGUUCUGCUUUAGCAAAGUGCAUUAAUCUCUCAAAUUUGACACUUGACCUUUAUUACAAUUAAAUUGGUGCAAUGGGUGCAUCAGGCUUAGGUUCUGCUUUAGCAAAGUGCAUUAAUCUCUCAAAUUUGAAACUUGACCUUGG